AAUAAUGAAUACAACGAAAUCGAAGAAAGCCCAUCUUAUAGAUCAACUGAUCAACCUUUUAAUGACGAACUUUGGGAACAUCAAUGGUAUAUGUCUAUAAAUUCUAGCUUGCCAAAAGCCUUAAAUUUAAAUGUCCUCCCAGUUUAUGCUAAGGGAAUCACAGGACGAAAUGUUCGGGUAGCUGUUUUAGAUGAUGGAAUUGAGUAUGAUCAUGAGGAUCUUGUUCAGAAUUAUGAUCCACAAAUAAGUUGGAACUACAACGAAGAUAAUUCUGAUCCUUAUCCAAAACCUGAUGAUGAUGAUAGUUCUCAUGGAACAAGAUGUGCUGGUGAAAUUGCCAUGAUGGCCAAUAAUAAGAAAUGUGGUGUUGGAAUAGCUUAUAAUAGUCGAAUUGGAUGUAUAAAAAUGCUUGGAGGAUUGGUUUAUGAUUUGCUUGAAGGAUCUUCGUUAGGAUUUGCUUUGGAUAAAGUCGAUAUCUAUAGUUCAUCGUGGGGACCAAUGGAUAAUGGACAAACUAUGGAAGCACCGGGAAUUUUUGCCAAAGAAGCAUUGGCGAGGGGUGUUGUUUUGGGACGAAAAGGACUUGGAAGUAUUUAUGUUUGGGCUUCAGGAAAUGGAAGGAAAAAGGGAGAUAACUGCAACUGUGAUGGCUAUGCUGCUAGUAUUUAUACAAUAACAAUUGGGAGUGCCGAUGAUAAGGGACGUGGUGCGUGGUAUAGUGAAAAAUGUGCCUCAGUUAUGACUGUGACAUAUUCAUCGGGAAAUGAUUCUGAUCAAAUGAUUUCAACUACUGAUGUUGGAAACUCAUGCACCGUACAACAUACAGGAACAUCUGCAUCAGCUCCUUUAGCAGCUGGAAUUAUUGCCUUAGCACUGGAAGCAAAUCCUAAAUUGACAUGGCGUGACGUUCAACACAUCAUAGUUCGAUCUGCAACUCGAGAACCUCUAACUAAAGGAGAUGACUGGCAUAAAAACGGAGCUGGACUUUUCUAUAGUACAAAACUCGGUUUCGGUUUAAUGGACGCAGAUGCUCUGGUCAACUUAGCCCAAAGAUGGAAAACAGUACCAAAACAAAAAAUCGACAAAGUAAAUGGAUCCUUGAUAGAAAACCCAUCCCAAACAAAUUCACAGAAAAUCAUCUUCAACUACACUGACAAAACAAUUCGCCAUCUUGAGCACGUUCAAGUUAUAAUCACCGCUACAUGUCAAUACCGUGGUGCAUUGGAAUUAUUUCUGUCAUCGCCAUCAGGCACUCAAACAGCCAUUCUUGAUAGAAGACCGCGUGACUAUUUUGCUGGAAAUUGCUUUGACAGCUGGCCAUUCAUGUCCGUAGCAACAUGGUCCGAGAAUCCAUACGGUCAAUGGCAGUUAGAUAUUCGCGAUACUACACCAUUGGUUAUGAAACAGAACAUCCGAAGUAUUGGCUUUGUACAGUUAGUUCUAUACGGAACCACGCAUGCUCCAUCAUCAUUAAUUUUUCCUUAGCUAAUAAAUUCGCACAAAUUAUGCAUUAAUUAAAAAUUAAAAAUCGAGUAUCUUUUUUAUGCAAAAAACAAAACAAAAACAAAACUAAUAACUAAACCGCACCUUAUAUCCUCUUUAGCCUCUAUGCAACAUGCUCAUGUUGCACAGUGGGACGAAUGUAUGGAAAAAUCGGCAUUUCUAAUAUCUUGUGUUUUAGUGACUGAAACUACG